ACCAAAUUGAAAUAUUAAUUUACAGUUGAUAAUAAAUCUUGGAGUAUGGUGUGAUAUAUUAAACAUAAUGAAAAGUUUAAUAUAAAAAAAUGUUUAUUUCUUUGUGUAUGUAAUUGAACUAUCUAUUUAAUAUUUAAUUAAAAUUAUCAGUUAAUAUGUCAGGAGUAUUUGGAUACAGUCGAGAAGCUGUAAGGGUGAAAGUUAAGAAAUGUGAAAGAAAUCAGCCACCAGAAAUGAGAAAGUUCAGUGUAGAUCCCCAAAUAACUUCUUUUGAAGUACUGCAAAGCAUUUUGGCGAAAGCCUUUGAUCUCAAAGGGGACUUCACUGUUUGUUUCAGAAUAUAUGAUGUAAAUGGAUAUGAAACAUACAUGCCUAUACUUUCUGAUUGGGAUUUGGAUGCUGCCUUUUUAAAAGCUCAUAAUGCCUCGGUGGCUAGCAACACUGAACCUUGUCUGUCCUUAAGGGUUGAUCUGAAACCUUUCGAAGAAAGCUCCGACGACUGGGAGAUUAAACAAAAUGUGCCUAUUAUUACGCAAAUCAGAACUGUUACAAGUCAAGAAGCCAAACCUGCGCCUAGACUUCAUGGCAUCUUUAAUCAGGUGGGAAAAACUCUUAAUAUGGUUCAGAGAGCAUUCAAUUUCGGAGAAGAUGGCAAUACUACCUUACAGCCUCCCCGACCUCCGUUAUCCGAUGCAGAAUUUCGGAGAUUUUUAGAUCCAGUAGGACAGAUAAUGUAUGCCAAAGAACUGAGAUCUGUCAUCUAUUUUGGAGGAAUUGAACCUAGUUUAAGAAAAGUAGUAUGGAAACAUUUGCUGAACGUGUAUCCCAGCGGCAUGACUGGUAAAGAACGAAUGGACUAUAUCAAGAAGAAAGCGUCGGAAUACGUAAAUUUAAAAGAAACCUGGAAGACUGCAAUUGCUCAAGGUCAAGUGUUGGGAGAACUGGCCUAUACGACUGGAAUGGUCAGAAAGGAUGUACUAAGAACUGACAGACAUCAUCCUUUCUAUGCUGGUAGCGACGAUAAUCAAAACAUCGCUUCUUUAUUCAAUAUUCUUACUACCUACGCUCUCAAUCACCCCAAAGUAAGCUAUUGUCAAGGAAUGAGUGAUUUGGCAUCCCCGUUAUUGGUCACUAUGAACGACGAAGCUCACGCCUAUAUUUGCUUCUGCGCACUGAUGCAGCGGUUGUGCACCAACUUUAUGAUAGAUGGCAUUGCCAUGACUCAGAAAUUCACACACUUAGCCGAAGGAAUUUUGUAUUAUGAUCCGGAGUUUUAUAAUUAUUUGAAGAUACAUCAGGCUGACGAUCUUCUUUUCUGCUACCGUUGGUUGCUUCUCGAAAUGAAGCGGGAGUUUGCCUUCGAAGAUUCUCUGCGUAUGCUCGAAGUCCUUUGGAGUUCUCUUCCGGCCGAUCCGCCAGACAAGGAACUUAAAUUAUUCGACACAAUGUUCCAACCGACCAUAUCAACACCUCCUAUCAGUCCUUUAGUAAAAACACCAAGAGAAAACGCUUAUACGAAAAUCAUAGCCUUAAGACGUCAAAGCAGUUCUAUGUCACUUAGUAGUUAUAAUUCCAAGAAAAACCAGCAAGUUAAGAGACAGAACCACAGCCUCGACGAGUCAGUUAGUAAAACCAAAGCUAUUUCAGUCGUUAAAACCAAAUAUCAAAGUUUGGACGACGCUGUUUUACAAAAACCUGGCGAAAUCAGUCCGAAGUCUCCCAAAAACUGUGAUUUUUCUCCCAAAAACUUGGAUUUUUCGCCAAAAAAUAGUGACAUGUCCCCAAAAACUAGCGAUAUAUCGAAUUGCUCCCUGAGGUCCGAAUUAAGGCCUCGCUCAAUAUCACCGUUGGAGCAAAAAUCAGACUCCGUAGUACUAAAUAAUCGAAUCAACGCUCAUCAAAUGCUUAGCAGAAAAAGUGCCAGUCUUUCUUCCAGUAUGACGAAUCUGAUAAAAAAUUCCAAAAGGACUGGUCAUUUUAAGGAUCUCAAGGAGAAGUUAUUUUCCUCUCUAGAUAGACUGGACGCGACACAUUCCAUUAAAGAGGAGGAAGAAAGUAGGCCGUAUCAGGGCCGCCUGGUAAAAAAUCUUAACGAAUUCCUUAACUUAAGUAGCGUGAGUAAGCUCGAAACAUCGGAAAAACCAAAAAUAAUGCUCACUAAAUCCAGUCUGGACGAUUCAGAGAGCUCAAGUAUUUCCAGACAUUAUUCCUCGACUUCCAAUAGUGGCGACGAUACCAGCCCAGACGAUUCACAAGAGUACUUCCCAUUAACUACUUCAGUGACUAGAGAAUUGCGUUUAGAGCUCGAAAAUUUAGAUAGAAAAGUGUUUGGUGACAAGUUUGUAGACAGAUUGUCGGAAUCCCCAGCCAGCGAAAACGAUAGUACUGUAACUAAAGAAGUGGAAUUGAAAGAUAAAAGAAAGAGCGAUGAUGUUUUCGUGUGGGAAAAUCCUUUACAUCAAAAAACACCUAGCGUGAGUAAGCUGAAUACCCACACGCCAGACGAGCAAGCCGACAUAGAUUUCGACGCUCCUGAAGCAGUUGACACUACACCAGAGGCUAAACCCGCACCUGAAGUUGCUACAGAUGAGGUCGACUCGAAACCUCCAACCACGGAGCUACCUACUUCCAACGGAACCGUACCUGCCAUGACCAAUUCCUGCGAGGAGGUCACCGAAAGUGUUAAAACUUCUUCUCUUUUACCCUCUCCCAACGAAUUCGGGGGUGGGAACCCGUUUUUGAUGUUCUUGUGCAUAACACUGCUGAUGCAGCACCGAGAUCAUAUCAUGGGAAAAGCAAUGGAUUACAACGAGAUGGCGAUGCAUUUCGAUAAGAUGGUGAGAAAACACAACGUCACGAGGGUUUUGAAUCAGGCCCGACAGAUGUACGCGAGGUAUAUGAAGCAGCACAGUAUCGCUCAGCAGAGGGUAGAAAAGAACGAAGAUUGUUAGGGCUAGGUUUUUGGUUGAAGAGUACUGUGAUAUUUUUUCUGUAUUAUUUAUUUUUUAAUGUACAUACUUUAUAGGGUAUUUUUUUACUUAGUUUUUGUUUUUCGUCAAUUUUACUCCUAUAGGUUAGGGAUAAAGUGCACCUAAUAAAGUAAUUAUUUAUCAA